UGUGGCACAGCCUCAGCGUAAAUGAGUGAGGGAGAGAGGAGAGGAGUAGAGAGCGCAUAGUGGAUGUGAAGACUCAACCUAUAUGAAUUUCAUCGACGCCCAAAUCCAAUAAACUUCCCUUUUUUCCUCAUCAUGGUAAAUAUAGUGACACUUUCAACGACAUGGAAAGAAAGGAUGGAAUCAAAGAAGCAAUAGAUCAAGUGUAGGAUGGAUGGAUACAUUCAUAUAAAAUGGAUAAUACACUAUUACGAUACUACAUUCCAUCAACGCGACCCCUCUUUUUUUUUCAAUAGAGACAAUGCAAAUAGAUCAACCUAAUGCUUCUCGAUUCCCUCUCUUUCUCUUUGUUGUUUAUAUACAUAUGCUGAUAUUCAUAUAGGCUGACGAGCAAACUCCCAGAAAGAGAACCUUCCGUAAGUUCACCUACCGUGGUAUUGACCUCGAACAACUCUUGGACUUGUCCUCUGAACAAUUCAUGGAACUCGUCCACUGCCGUGCCCGCAGAAGAUUCCAACGUGGUCUUAAGCGUAAGCCCAUGGGUCUUAUCAAGAAGCUCCGUGCUGCCAAGAAGAACGCUCCUGCUGGUGAAAAGCCCGAAGUUGUCAAGACUCACCUUCGUAACAUGAUCAUUGUUCCUGAAAUGAUUGGUUCUGUUGUUGGUAUCUACAACGGUAAGGUUUUCAACCAAGUUGAAAUCAAGCCUGAAAUGACUGGUCACUACCUUGGUGAAUUCUCCAUCACCUACAAGCCCGUUAAGCACGGUCGUCCCGGUAUUGGUGCCACUCACUCUUCCAAGUUUGUUCCCCUCAAGUAAACAUUGUUGGUGGAAGUUUUUACUAUGUUUGCUUUUUUUUUCAAUAUAUAAAAGAGCUUUUACAUUAAAACAUAUAACUACAAAGAGAAA